AUAAAGUGGAACAGAAAAAGUUAUGCACUUCACAGAACACGUCUUAGUGGUAGUAUGCGUGUGUAGAUUCAUAGUGAAGUGAAAGUAUUUAGUGUUCUAAUUAAGUGGAUGUAUAAAAAAUGAGCUCAUAUACAGAUUUAUCCUUUACAUUUUUUUCAAUUUCAUACACAUUACUUCCGAAUUAUCCAAGAUCAAUGUUUGCCUAAAUAUACGAAUAUGGUUUAGUUUCAAUUUUUUGAACCUGGACGUUGCGUAUGCGUGCGCAGUAAUAGUCUUUACUGGUGAGUAAAGUGCCGAGGUCGUAUCGAAUGGAAAUCGCAGAAGGCAAGGCGCUGUCGUCGAUCGAAAAUAGUGCUAAACAAUCAAAAGCGAUAAUUAGAUGACCACCAUCAUCUCACAAAACCUAUAGGAACGAAGUUUUUUCGCCCGAAAUGAACGCACCGAAAAGACUAAAAUUAGAAACACCAACAAAACCAACAUUAACCCCAAUCUUAGCGGACGAGCUAUAUAAAGAACUGCCAUUGAUCGAUGUUUAUGUAGGCACAAUUAAAGAUCCGAAAACCACAUCGAAAGUAGUAGUGGAACUGAAUUCAGUGCUGCCAAUACCUGAACUGACGCAUUUGAAAAGGGUCCGCGGAAAGGAGAUUUUGCUGUUCCCGAAGGGGGAUAACGAUGAGGAUGACUGUCUCACUGUUUUGAAACAAAAAGGAUUUGAUGUAGAUCUGAUGGAAAGCCAAGUCAGAGUUAUCGCAGUGGCGGAAAUACCACCAAAAGUGCGCAAACAGUACGAAGUUGUCCAUAAACUCUGGCCUUGUAAUUUCCACAGUAACGCGUACUGGGAGAAACUAAGUACAAACUCUCUUUUUUCCGACAGUGAGUUAGAACAGCAUGCUAAGUUCAUGAGGAUAGCUAUUGAUAUUUGUGACAUUUGUAGUGUUAGAGUCAGUGCUGUUGUAGUGGAUCCUGUGAUAACCUCAGUUGUGGGUUUCGGGUUUGACCAGACCUCAGACUACCCGACGAAACAUGCGGUGAUGGUGGCUAUUGAUGAAGUAGCGAGAAGUCAGAAGGGCGGUGUAUGGCCGAGGCACCAAAACUAUGACAAAAUCCAGUCUUUGCUCAAAAUGAAGCAUGAGAACUUACAAUUUGGUUUUAGUACCUCUGGUGAAGGUCCUUACCUGUGCACCGGUUACUCUGUGUAUACUACGUGCGAACCUUGCAUCACCUGUGCGAUGGCUCUGGUUCACAGCAGAGCCAAAAGAGUGUUUUACGGAGUUAAAAGCGAAAAAGGCGCUCUAGGUAGUUCGUGCAAGAUUCACAUCGUGGAGAAUCUAAAUCAUCACUAUGAAGCCUUUGCCGGACUUUUGGAAACCGAGUGUCGUGCAGUGUCGUGCGAACAAUAGCUACAAACGUAAGGUGAUAAUGGACUGACGUAUGUGUUAGUUUGCUUAGUAGAAAAGUGAUACACUACCCUUAAUAAGUGCACAAUCCGUUCGAUUAAUGGCUGAUUCCUUGACCUCUAUAGAGUAGAUAGUCGUUAAACUUUUGUUAUAUGAGAUAACGCUUGCUUUGAUUAGCGAUAUUGACAGAAACGUUUUAUUUGAAGCGCUGUGUUAUAACGUGUGGCACUUGUUGUUUUCCUUUAAGCGUUAUAAUGGACAAUUUGAAUCUGAAUGCAUUCAAGGUUUUAUCGUAACUCUUCGAUUAUUUUGUUGAAACCGUCAUCGACAGAUCCCUUCAAGUUACCCAGAAGAUUCGGCUUUUGGAUACCAAAAAGAGAGAAGAAAAGGGGUUUGAUUUAAGUUAAAAAAUAAUAAUCAGAAAUACUCGUCGUUAACGAAAAACAGAAGCCGACAUAAUAAAAGCAGCUCGAUAGUCAGCACACAACCAACUGAUUAAGCUCGGGUUCAAAGAAGCAACAAUUAAUAAGAAAAAAAUAGUUUGCUAUUUGUUGUGUAAAUUGGGCCCAAUUUAAGUAAUUCAACAAUUGAUGAGACGAGCAGUUGUUUAAACAAGGUCUCCGUCAGUUCAGAUCCGAUACUCUUGGAAGGCGCUUCAGCUGUCGGGAACCUGUGUGAAUAAUUUCCACCAAUAGUAAAGUGCGAAAACAAUACGCUGGUGUAUGAAACCGAAUGAUUAAGUUCUUGAAUGGCGGACAUUCAUUGGGUGUGAUCGUAUUCGCCAAAACGGCUAAAAACGGAAAACUAAUCUGAGUAGUUGGUUGUGUGUCCGGUGGUGCGUACCCUUAAACAGAAGGGGUUGACUAUUUAAGUUAAUCGUGUGCUAAAUGGAUAUUGAAUUGUAUCACUUACUAAAUAAAAUGUUAACGAUCGAUAA